AUGGGACACUUCGACGUUCGCACGAACCUUACUCUUCACCUCAGAUCAGGUAAGUCACACAUCACUGAAGAAGUAUCCAGUGUUGAUCAAAUCGCAGGCAGUAGUCGAUCGCGACCUGAGCAGGAAACUAUUGCUCAGCAUGCCAACCCACAAUUUACUUCUGCUCUGGUCCAACUCCCCAUCGAGAUUAAAGAACUCAUCUUCCAAGAACUCUGGAGAGACGCAGGCUUAUCUCAGCAUCUUAUACUGGGCCGGGGCCGCGUUGUUGGAAUGAAGUGCACCACUGAUGUCACUGCGCCAGACGAACUUCAAGCAACAUGCCAGAAGACAAAGCGCAAUGAAACUUACGAUUCAGAACUGUGGAGGCGUCUUGAGUCAAGCUGGGGUGUGCACUGGAAAUGCGAAGAGCUGUAUCGAUCUAAGCUAAAGGCGGAGAGAAACGAACGGAGGCCAUUUUUACCCUUAUUGGUAACAUGCCGGCAAAUAUAUGUCGAAGCGAGUGCCUCCAUCCACAGGAAUGUCACGUUUUGCACACACGACAUUGACACUGUCCACUCAUUAGCAGUUUCCAGUUCAAAUCCUAUCCUGAACAACAUUAGACACCUACAAGUUACGGUCCGACUCCGUCUGUCAAGUCCUGAUAAACCCAAAUCUUCAUAUACAGCAGCUAUGUUACGCUGGCGUCAAUGUUGCGAGGCACUCGAGCAUGCAAAUAACCUCGACUCUGUAUAUUUGUGGCUCGACGCUGAACCACGUCAUCACCUGUAUAUGAAUAAGGCACAGGGGACGAAUACCAAUCCGUACGUCUUUGGUGAGAAGCUAGCUGCCAAACUCACAGUUGAUGCCCCCUUGAAUCCAGAAAGACCUGAGGCUUGGGAUGUGGUCGUCAAGUUGGAACCUCAGUUUACUGUUCAUCCCCGCGGAUGGCCAAAGUACAAGGCGAUUCAUGAUGGCAUUCGAAAGGAAGAUUGUAUAGUGAAGUUGCCUCGCUUUGCUGAACCUGGCGUACCCUGGAAAGAGGGGAGUGGGAAGACGUUUGUGCAUCCAGGGAGAGGGCUUUUUUCUGCAAUGUUUUCUAAACAUUGGCGAUAA